AUGUAUCAAACAAGCAAUGGAUCUAAAGCACCCAAAAAAUUGAUGCAAGAUAUAAGUACACGGUGGAACUCUACUUACUAUAUGUUAGAACGUUUUGUUGAGUUGGAAGAUGCUAUUAGAGGUACUCUAGGAUUAUUAGAUAACCCUCCUCAAACACUCUCAGCAGAUGAAUGGAAAAUUACCAAAGAGCUUAUUCAAGUGCUACGUCCUUUUGAGGAAGCUACAAAGGCGGUAAGUGGUAGUAAGUAUAUGACCGCAUCUAUAAUUUUAGUAAUUUCUCAAGGUCUCAAAAAUGUUUGUGAGCAUAUGGCUAGGAAAAACUUUACUGUAGAGGUUAUAAAUGUUCUACAGCAGUUACUAAGUGGCAUGAAUCAUAGAGAUAGAUGGGGAGUAAUAGAAAAUAAAGACUCCAAUUCCAUACCUGAACCAGUUGAUAGAGAUGAAAAUGUUGUGUCUAUCUGGAAAACAAUAGAUACAAAAGUGGCACAACUUCAACCUACGGGUAUAGUUACAUCUAGAGCGAUAAUUGAGGUGCAGCGAUAUUUAGAGGACUCAAUUAUCAAUAGAAAUUGUGAUCCUCUUAAGUGGUGGCUACUGAUGAGUGAUCGUCGCUGUAACUUGAGCAGCAAAAAAGCAGAAAUGUUACUUUUCUUGAACCAAAAUACAUAA